AUGGACACUUUCACCAAAGAGCAAGUGCUUGCAACACUCCAGCAGUCUUGCCCGGAUGCAUUGGCCAAGUUUUCGGCUCCUGAUGAGUUCGAAGUUCGAGAGCACCGUCCCGGUCAAUACGCGCUCAAGGUCGGCUAUGCCGUAACGAAGAGGUCCAGGAAGACCGGUGACGUACUUUGGCUUGACGAGCGCGCAGACCAGCCCACUAUCUCAAACUAUAAAACGGCGCAAAAGAACGACGCUAUCAGAAAGAUGAUCGGUCUAUACUACUCAACAACCGCAGACUCUCCGCGUAAUGGCUACGUCAAGAAUGCGAAGAUCAUCAAGGGUGACGGAUUAUUCGGCAGGCUCAGCGACAGAGGCAUGAUCUCGCCGUUCACCCUCAACAUGAAAGCACUUCUCAGGUUCGUGCUCCUGUAUUGCGGCUAUGCGACAGAGUACAAGACAUUCGAGAACAGGGGUCGGGACGAGGGUCUCUCGUCACUUGUCCGAGCUCUGAGAGCGAUUGCCAGGCACACGUCCGACGAUGAAAAAGAAGAAGGCGAUGAGUCGACCAUGAAAGACAGCGACGGUGCAACAGAUGCGUCUGACCACGAGGGCGACUUGUUCGUAGCAGAUGGUAACGAGGAAGCUUCAGCCAAGCGCAAGGACACAAUGGACGCAGAAGUCGACGAGGGCGGACCGGCGAAGAAGAUUCACGCAUGCUAG